UCGUCCUAGAGCUCUCCGCAACCUGUCUUGUGUUUCACCAUCUUAAAUAAUUUGGUUUCAUCCAGAAACUCAGCCAGGCAAAUUUCUGAGUGACACAGAUUUCUUGCCAUGGCAAUCCGCUACCCGAUGGCCGUUGGCCUCAACAAAGGCCACAAGGUGACCAAGAAUGUGGUAAAGCCACGCCAUUGCCGCCGCCGUGGGCGCCUGACGAAACACACCAAAUUUGUUCGGGACAUGAUCCGGGAAGUGUGCGGCUUUGCACCUUACGAGAGACGUGCAAUGGAAUUGCUGAAAGUCUCCAAAGAUAAGCGAGCUCUGAAAUUCAUAAAGAAAAGGGUUGGGACUCACAUCCGGGCCAAGAGAAAGCGAGAAGAACUCAGCAACGUUUUGGCAGCCAUGAGGAAGGCAGCUGCCAAAAAGGACUGAACUGUUUUUCCCCAAUAAACAACAUUUUGAACACCCAACAAAGAAAA